GUGGCAAUCACACGUUGAUUUUUCUCGACCAAUCACAAAGAUAUCGGCACCCUCUAUUUAGUAUUUGGUGCUUGAGCCGGAAUAGUGGGCACAGCCCUGAGCCUACUAAUUCGUGCAGAACUAAGCCAGCCCGGCGCUCUUCUAGGGGAUGACCAGAUCUACAAUGUAAUUGUUACAGCGCAUGCAUUUGUAAUAAUUUUCUUUAUAGUAAUGCCCAUUAUAAUUGGAGGCUUUGGCAACUGACUUAUCCCCCUAAUGAUCGGUGCCCCCGACAUAGCAUUCCCUCGAAUAAACAACAUAAGCUUUUGGCUUCUUCCCCCAUCUUUCCUUCUCCUGCUCGCCUCUUCCGGGGUCGAAGCUGGAGCUGGCACUGGGUGAACUGUCUACCCCCCUCUUGCCGGCAACCUGGCCCAUGCAGGAGCAUCCGUUGACCUAACCAUCUUCUCUCUUCAUCUUGCGGGUGUCUCCUCCAUCCUAGGGGCCAUCAAUUUUAUUACCACUAUUAUUAAUAUAAAACCCCCAGCUAUUUCCCAGUAUCAGACACCCCUGUUUGUUUGGUCCGUCUUAAUUACUGCCGUCCUACUCCUUUUAUCGCUCCCAGUCCUCGCUGCUGGCAUUACAAUGCUCCUUACGGAUCGAAACCUCAACACCACCUUCUUUGACCCCGCAGGAGGGGGAGACCCCAUUCUCUACCAACACUUAUUCUGGUUCUUUGGCCACCCAGAGGUAUAUAUUCUUAUCCUCCCUGGGUUUGGUAUAAUUUCACACAUUGUUGCCUACUACUCCGGGAAAAAAGAACCCUUUGGUUACAUGGGCAUGGUCUGGGCUAUAAUAGCAAUUGGCCUCUUAGGUUUUAUUGUCUGGGCCCACCACAUAUUUACUGUCGGGAUAGACGUGGACACACGUGCCUACUUUACAUCAGCAACAAUAAUCAUUGCAAUUCCAACCGGUGUAAAAGUCUUUAGUUGACUUGCAACACUGCAUGGAGCCUCCAUCAAAUGAGAAACACCCCUCCUUUGGGCCCUCGGCUUUAUUUUCCUUUUCACAGUAGGGGGUCUGACAGGUAUCGUACUUGCCAAUUCCUCCCUAGACAUUGUUCUGCACGACACAUACUACGUAGUUGCCCACUUCCACUACGUCCUCUCGAUAGGAGCCGUAUUUGCCAUUGUUGCAGCAUUCGUCCACUGAUUCCCCUUAUUUUCAGGCUAUACCCUCCACAGCACCUGAACAAAAAUCCACUUCGGAAUUAUAUUUAUUGGCGUUAAUCUUACUUUUUUCCCCCAACAUUUCCUAGGUCUUGCAGGUAUACCUCGGCGAUACUCAGACUACCCUGAUGCCUACACUCUUUGAAAUACCGUCUCCUCCAUCGGCUCCCUAAUUUCACUCGUCGCAGUAAUCAUGUUCUUAUUCAUUAUUUGAGAGGCAUUUGCUGCAAAACGGGAAGUUUUAGCUGUAGAAUUAACCACAACAAACGUUGAGUGACUUCACGGCUGCCCACCCCCAUAUCAUACAUUUGAAGAACCUGCGUUUGUUCAAGUUCAAUCAAACUAA